CUGAUCACCUGUGUUUUUACAAGAAGACAGAUUGCAAAUUUUGCAGGGCGAAUAAACAUUCAUGGCAGGCUAUGCUGAAAGAAGGAUCUUGCUGGUCGGAAAAACAGGAGAUGGUAAAAGCAGCUCAGGGAACACCAUUUUAAAAAAUGAAUCUUUUCAAGUGAUGUCAAGUCCGUCCUCAUUCACAUCCACAAGUGUGGCAGGGAAGAAAUACUACAAAAAAAGAAUUAUUAAAGUGGUGGACACGCCAGGAUUUUUUGGAUCUGAUGAAAUUGAGAAACAUACUGGUGAUAUAGAGAACACAGAUGGGGCAGACUCGUCAGUUGACCAAAAACUUGCAAUGGCAAAAAGUAUAACUGAGUGCUGCCCUGGCCCUCAUGCUGUGGUCAUUGUGCUCAGAGUGGGAAGAUACACAAAACACGAGAUGGAAACUGUGGAGCAUCUCAUAAAAUGUUUUGGUGAAGAGGUCUUCAAGUAUGCAGUGGUUCUCUUCACCAAUGGCCAUGACCUUGAACGUAAAACAACCAUUGAACAAUUUGUGAAAAUGAAUGGCAACCUUCAGAAGCUUGUGGAGAAAUGUGGAGGUCGCUGCCAUGUUAUUGACAACAAGCACUGGAACUCCAAUGUAUUUGGCAACCGAAGCAAUAGAGUUCAGGUAAACAGGCUGCUGCAUACUAUCGAGGAGGUUGUGAGAGCAAAUGAGGGCCAACACUACACAAAUGAUUUUCUUGUGAUGGUGGACAAAGAUAUGGAGAUGGAAAGAGAGAAGAUACGUGAAGAGAACAAAACAAAUCUGUCUGAUCAGGAAACCAUGGAGGAAGCCAAGAAAAAAGUGUACUGGAAAAUAACUGCGGCGGGCUGUGCUACCGGAGUGUUGCUGGGCGCUCUGCUUGGGAUUCCUGUGCUGGUAGGAGCUGGUGCGUACCACUUUGGCAAGAGCCUGAAGGAUGUCCUUCUAGCCCUGUCCAAAGCAACACUAGCUGGAGCUGCAGCAGGGGCAGGGGUAAUGGGAGCAGGGGCAAUGGGAGCAGGAGCAGCAGGGGCAGUAGGAGCAGCAGAGGCAGGAACAAUAGCAGCAAGCACAGCAGCCGAGGCAGGGGCAGCUGUAGGUCUUGGGGUUGUAGCUGGUAUAACUGCUGGGGUGGUUGGAGGCGUGAUGGUUGCUAGUGGUGCAGUAAUAGGAGGGAUUGUAGGAGCCAAAGCUGCUGGAGAGGCUCAGAGCCCAGGAGAUGCUGCAGAGAUGGCCAAAGAUGCUGUCUGUGAUGGAGUUAAGAAUUUAUUUUGCAAGGAGAAUAAUGUAUAUUGUGGAGAUUACGGUAAAAUCUGAGUAUAAUUUUUUGUUUGUAUUAUAUGAUCAUGACAGUAUGACCAUGAACAAUGGCGUGUCUCAGUUCUGUCUCCCUGUCUGAUGUUGUAUUCCAUCGUCUUCUCCUCAUGUUCCAUCCUAUUACCUUUGUUUACUUCCUGUAUCCUGUUUCAGGUGUUCCUUUGUUUAUCCUUAAAGUAAAGAUACACAUCCCAGGUCACAUUUAUACUGUAUAGAUGCAGGAUCCAAGUAGGCUGCAAUAGCUCCCAUAUCAGUUAUCAGUUAUUUUUUAUGUUACGAGCUGUUUCCUCUUCCUCAGACUUUCCAUGAUUGCUUUUUUAAUUCCACUCUAAUGUUAAAUAUUGUUAACCAGCUGACAACUUCUCUGCUAAAUGAGGCUGUACUUUUUAAAAUUGUAGUUUAUAUUUUUAACUUUUAAUAAAAUGAAACCAGUCAAUUGAUCAUUGCAAUUACGUAAUUCCCUUGUGAUAUGUAAUAAAAAGUUUGACAUGUCCAGGAAUAUCAAAACACAUAGCAAAAGGCCAGUCAAUUGCUUCCUCGUCAAUUGCUUCGCAAACACUGUUUUGUUCCAGCCCGGGAGGUUGGGAACCCCUAAUUUAAAGUAAUGUAAAUAAAUCUUAGAUCAUCAUACAUCAGAAUAAACAUCUGCAGACCAAUAUCUGCUGGUACUUCAUCAUUCCUGUCCUGUACACAUUACUCUGCAUGUCUUGCAGUCUUUUUCCAGUUGUUUACAAUUUUUUUUCUGAAUGCGUAACCCUAACCGUGAUUCUUAU